UUAUGAAUAGUUAAAUAACAGCAAGAGUCAUUCGAGAAAGUAGAAGUGAAUGCAGCAUAUAUAAUACAUGUGUAACAAGAUUAAAACUAGCAAUAUCUAAAGUAUUUGUACCAGUUCAGUUUUCUUUAGCUGCAAGUUUCCAUUAACUGGACUUGAAAUGGGGAAGGCAGGUAAAUGGAUUAGAAACUUUCUUAUGGGGAAAAAGGAGGAUAAGUACAAGAAGAUUGACGCAGUCUGUGCCGAGAGUAAGAGCGCUGCAACGGAUAGUCCCAAAGUGAAACGCAGAUGGAGCUUCGGAAGACUAACAAUUGGAAGAACAUCAGGCAAGAUGGCAGGGCAUAAAUUUUCCAUAUCUUUUGACUCUGGCGACUCCGCCAAACUGCAAGCUCAGACUCCAAGGAGGAGUCUUCCAAUAGUAGAGUUCAAGGCUCCUAGCGACACCAGAUCUAAAAAUUCAGCAGCUACAAUGAUUCAAGCUGCCUUUCGCUCGUAUCUGGCUAGGAAAGCAUUGCAUGCUUUAAAGGGAUUAGUCAAGAUACAAGCACUAGUGAGGGGUCACCUUGUAAGGAAACAAACAACUGCUAUGCUGCACAGCAUGCAUGCGUUGAUGACCAUACAAGUUAGAGCUCGGAUUCAAAGAAUUCAGACGGUAGAGGAAGCAAAUGUUCAUGGAAAACAGCCUGUGCAACAUACACAAAUUCCACAGAGCAAAGGUCACAUAAAAGAAUAUAAAGAACCGAAGGAUAUGACCAUGGAAGAAAUGCUGGAGGCUUUGAAAAGAAGAAGUCAGUCACUAGAUCGCUUGCAUUUUGAGGGAAUAAAGCAUGAAUCCAUGGCAUUCUAUUCGAAGCACAAGUCAGUUUCAGAAAGACAAUUUGAGUACAAUGAUAACAGUUUAAUCACAGCACCCAACAGCCCAGAAAACUACUGUGGCUUGUCGGAAUAUAACACAACAGCAAUGGCCAUGUCAACUCCUCGGCGACACCCCGUGUCUCACCGGCAAUCACAAUCCCCAAAUUUCAUGAACAAUACAGUGUCUUCCAAGGCAAAAGCAAGGUCUCAGAGUGAGCCAAAACAACGUCCCAAAUGGGGAAAGAGGCAGAAAAGCAGGUCCCCAGAAUGUACCAAAGAACCUAGCACCUCACAAAAUGGUCUAAGGCAAAAUCUGCACUUAAAUUCGUCACGCUUUGACCUUGGAAGUUUAGACUAUUGGGUUGUCAACCUUUAUGGGUCAAGAACAAAGGACAGCUCCCGCAAUUCUUUUGGCAGCAGCACGGUGACUAGUGAUUCCUACUAUUGAAUUCACUUGUUUAUGUUUAUGUUAUGUACAAAGCUAAUAAUUCAAUUUAGGACACUACAGCUUAAGUCAUCCCCGUUAUCAUAAUUUAAAAUUCAGGCCUCGUCACUAGUAUCCAUUACCACAUGUCUACGCAUAAGCACUGGACUCUCACCAAGUGCGGAAAAAUUUUCAAGUUGUUUACCAAAUUUUUGUCAAUAAUCCAGAUGAUAAAAGCAAAGAAAUGAAAGAAUAUAUAGAAUAAUAAAAUAUAAGCUAAACAAACAUUAGAAAACAGAGACUUACAUAUCUCCACCUUCACAAUAACCUA